UUUCUUUUAUCGGUUUUUGUUACUCCGAACCAAGCGGCCCGGAUUCCUCGAACCUCAGGCUCGUCAAUCCCAAACCCAACGACUUUCUUAAAACCCUUGGAUUUUUCAUUCUCGUUCUCUCACAUUUAAGCGAAAAAAGUGGGAGCGCACAGUGUGUCCAGCGAGUGAAGCAGAGAACUACUUUUCCGGCGGCGGCGAUUGAGAUCGAAGCUUGUAAUCAAUGGCCGAUCACGCCGGUGAGCACGAGAAGCACGAAUCCGCAGCUGAAUCUCUCAUGGAUAAGAUCACGGACAAAUUCCACGGCAGCGGUUCGUCUUCAUCCGACUCCGACAAUGAUGGGGACCUCAAAUCAGCGGCAUCCGCCAUAAAGGCCAAGAUCUACCGUCUGUUUGGCCGCGAGAAGCCAGUGCACAAGAUUUUGGGCGGCGGAAAACCUGCUGACAUUUUCCUAUGGAGGGACAAGAAAGUUACGGGCGGUGUGCUAGGUCUUGCUACUGCAAUUUGGGUGCUUUUUGAGUUGCUUGAGUAUCACCUGCUCACGCUAGUUUGCCAUAUCCUGAUUCUUGGCUUGGCAGUCAUUUUCUUGUGGUCCAACGCUUCAAACUUUAUCAACAAGUCCCCGCCAAAGAUCCCUGAAGUCUCUCUUCCCCAGGAUGUUGUCCUGGGUGUAGCAUCAGCCCUUAGGACAGAAAUCAACUCACUUUUUGCCUUGCUUCGAGUUGUAGCAUCUGGGCGAGAUUUGAAGAAAUUCCUUGCUGUGAUUGCUGGCCUUUGGAUUGUGUCAAUGCUGGGAUCCUGCUUCAACUCCCUUACCCUGUUUUACAUAUGUUUUGUUUUGUUGCACACGGUUCCUGUUCUUUAUGAAAAGUAUGAAGAUCAGGUUGAUGCUUUUGCUGAGAAAGCUGAGGCCGAGUUCAAAAAACAAUAUGCUGUGUUUGAUGCCAAGGUUUUGAGUAAAAUUCCAAAAGGUCCUCUUAAAGAUAAGAAGUUUGCUUAGAAGACUCUUUCGUGUGAGAUGGUGCUACUAGGUUUGGAAUGGCCUUGUAUUUCCAUUUCGCUUCUUGUUGUUGUGGCUAAGUUGUCUGAUGCCUGAUGGAACCCGUGUUUGGUGGUUUGUUGUUUUUUUUCUUCUUCUUGCAUAUGGGUUCAUAGUUUAAAAAUGCUUACUGAUAUUGAUUUAGGCGGUUUUGAGUUUGUUUGGAA